AAGCGCUCAAAGUUGGUGCGCCCAGAAUUUCUUGCCAAAACUCGAGCGAUGGCCGGCCUUGCGUCCCCAACUUUUUUCUUCGAUUGGAAGGACUCUUUGGCUUCAGUGAAAAACACCUUUAUCCACGUGAGCGAGGAUGCGGAGCUCGAUGCAACGGAAUGGUGGGGCCUAAAGCGCACAAACUCAUCUCCCGGUUUGCUGGAAAGCGCCAAAGAGGACGAAGUGGCGCGGAAAGCCUCUCAUGCCUCCAGUUCCAGCACCCACAUCGCCGAAACUGAGGCGGAGUUGAAGACGCACGACGAGGUCUGGGAUUACUCCACAGAUGCUGAGGAGGUGGAGGAUGACGAUCCCAAGACCGAGGCGACGGCUUGCACUUGGGAUCUUCUGGCCCGACUUUUUGGGCUCCAGAUCAACGGGACGGUGUACCCAACCCAGGGGUUUGGGCAGGACGCCGACUUCGCCUCCAAGCUGGAGCGCAACCUGGAGGCGCACAGGUCCGGGAACUGCAAGCCCUGCUCCUACUUCUACUUCAAGGAGGACGGAUGCCGCAACGGCGACUUCUGCGACUUCUGCCACUUCUGUUCGCCUCAGGCGGUGAAGGACAGCAAGCGCCGCUUCAAGCGCGACGCCCGCCGGGAGAAGCGGGCGGCCCUGGUCGCCCAAGCGCGCCAGGACGAGACCGCCUACGUGCCAUGCCGCUAUCGCCUGCGUGGGCGCCGGGCCUGACCUGACCGGCGCUCGCCAGCCGGCUGCAUCUGAGUCUCAGCUCCGAGUCGACUCGCGGAAAUGGGCGGGGUGUAGUCAGUGUAGUCGAGUCUCUUGGGCGAAUGGCCCACUCACCGAGCGUGCACGUCAAGCCAUAGAGCUGUUGAACCC